UAGCAACAAUCGGUAACUGUAUGAACUCCACAGUAUCACGGAGAAUCAUGUACAGACAAGGCAACGAAGCGGACCGCGUUUCCCAGAUGUUCGUUGUCUAAUCAGUGCUGCCAACAACUUAGGGUGUAGGACCAACACAAGUGACCAAAAUCCACUUCAGUUCAGAGUUUCUCAGGGCUUCCAGUGGCGGCCACCAUGACGGGAUGUGGGGAUGGGUGUUAUGUGGAUGAUUUUGACUUUUAAGAUAACAUACAACGAAGAAAAGAAUGUUUUGGAUCCUCAACUUGUGUGAACCACAAUUUCUUACCACUUAUUAAAUACUUUGCUUUUAGUUGAAUUGUUUACUCACAGUCAAGAUGGCCUCUUAAAGCUUAUAUGCGGGUUGUAUGCGGCGAAAAAAUAGUGUCACAGCUAUUCUUAUAUUUUACAUAAUGGCAACAAAAGGACGAAUUGAAAGCGCGGGCGAUUCCCAAGAUUUUGACAAGUGUAAUGACGAAGUGGAUCCACGCGUUCAGAUCGAAUUGGAAAGACUCAACACUGCAACAGAUGACAUCAAUAAAUUGGAAGUGGAUCUGGAUGAAGCAAGAGCUGCUUUUCGACAGCUGCUGUGUGAAUCGACUGUUCGUAUUGAUGCAUUGGCAAGGAAGCUUGGAGCAUGUGUUGAGAGAGCACGGCCGUAUUAUGAAGCAAGAAUGAAAGCCAAAGAGGCAUUGCAAGAAACACAGCAGGCUGCAGUUCGUUUUGAACGUGCUAAUUCUGCACAUUCAGCUGCAAAAGAGAUGGUGUACUUGGCGGAGGAGGGAUUGGCUGCUGAGGGGCGAACUUUCGAUCAUGCCUGGCAGGAGAUGCUUAAUCAUGCUACCAUGCGCGUGAAUGAAUCUGAGCGUGAACGGACUUUGAGUGAAGCUGAACACCGCCGCACUUCUCAACAAUACCAUCGAGCUGAAUUACGAGUUCAACAGCUACAAAAAGAAUUGAAGAGGGCCAUUGCUAAAUCAAGGUGUGCCAACUGGACAGCUUGUGGUGCAUGUUUGUAUGAGGUUCUACAGUUGUCAGCACUGCUGGUGUGAAGGUAGCUGCACUUCCCUGGAAAAGUGCUGAUUAGCACUGAGUGUGAUUAUUCCAAUGUCGAGAAGUUACGUAAAUGCUUUCUCACUGAAUUUUAUUCAGUUUAUGCCUUGUUGAGGAUUGUGAAUUAUUGAGAAUGUCUGUUUGUGUGCGGGAGCGUGUAUGUGUGUCUGUUGAGUUUUAAUCUUCUGUUUCCAGCCUUUUCACAUUUAUAUAGAAAUCAAUAACAAACUGUGGUUGCAUUGCCUGUUUCCAACAAUAAUGUCAGGGAACUCAGGAGUUAAAGGAUAUGUAUCACAGAUUUUGUGAGAUUUUUGAAAUUAAGUCAUAAUUUUAUGUUCCCUACUUCACAAAUAUAAAGAAAUAUGAAAGUGAAUAUGUGUUUUUGUACCAAUAUUUUUUUGAGUUCAAGAACAUGUACUACUGAAUAGGAAUACUAUUCAUGUUUUGAACUAGAUCCACAAUGUUGCAUUAAUGUUGUUGUGACUCAUAUUUAAUACCAAUUUUGACCUGAUAUUGAAAAUUGUCGAAUCUUCUACAUUCUUGCAUGUAUAUUUUUCAUCCUUUUUUCUUUUUGAACUCUUAAAAGGAUAGUAUUCUUCACCUCUGAUUAUCUUGUGUGCUUAUUUUGAAUUAGCUGUCUGCACCACACGAUCUCUGAUUAUUAAAAUGCUUAUUAAUGCUAUUCUCAACAAGCUAAAUAUUCUAUUCUUGCUGUUGAUCCAGGAAUGAACCAAAUUUCAUGAACAUGAUAUUUAUUUCAAUUAAAAGUUCAUGGUAAUGCUCUGAAAAUAUUAUUUCCCAGAAGUUAAAUUUUCUGCUGUAGAUAAUGCAUGUAAAUGCAAAUCUGACUAAAUUUAUUCUAUUUUACUUUUUUUAAAAUUUUUUGUGAGGAAGUAUUUAUUUGAAAUAAUAAUUCCUAAAAAUGUAAUUUUGUAUUUUAAAAUAUUUAAUGUGAAGAAACAGUAAAGGAGAGGAAGAGACAUAACUUGUUUGAUCAAUCAUUGAUGUACAAUGCUGGUGCACAAUGUUUGUAUCACAGUUUCUUACUUUCUACUUAAUUUUCAUUAUUUUAGAAAUCUAGUGGUUUUAUAGGUAUGUGCAAAAUAUUUUAAAAAUCAAAUCAAUAAUUUUUUGAAAAGAAAACUGUUUGUUUGUUAAUUGUAUUUCCCUUUGGAUUUAAUGUAGUUGUUUGAGAAAAAAGAUAAACUUUUUUCUCCAUUUUCUACGUGUCUUGUAUUAAAAAGGAGACGAAGAAAUGAUAGCUGGUCAGUAAUUUAGUAAUGAAUAAAAACAUAUUACAUAAUUCUAGUUAUUCCAUGAAAUGUAAACUAGUGUGAGGAAAUUCUUGUAUUAAUUUUCAUAUUUUUAUAUCAGCAAAAAAUUACCUUAGUUAUGCGAAAAUGUUUGAAUAGUUGUGUCAUUCACGUCAUGUACAUAUUAUGUAGUUAUGAAGGAACAUUUAAACUUAAUUGUUGAGGUUGACUUUCUGUUCUAUUAUUUUGCUGUAUUGUACACUAUUUUGGUGCUAAGUCAUUUAGCUCUCUUUCAUAUCUGAAAGAAUUAAACUAAGUCAUUAGCUUUUAAGUUUUAGAUAUUGUUAGUUAUUUUUUAUGUCCUUUUGUUACCCAUUAUCCAUUUCAUUGUAUUGUCAGAAUGCAAGGAGUUGUGAAUGUUAUAAGUAUUGAUAACUUCAUUGAAACUAGUCCAUCAGAUUGUUAAAGAGAGUUAUUUUUGUAUAAUUUGUAUUAAAUAUUAUAUUUCUU